AUGGACGUCUUUUUCAUCAAUUGUAUUUUAUUUAUAUUGUACUCGCGUGUUUUACAUAAGUGUGCUUCGUGCUCAAACUACUACACCAAUAGCAAUGUGAAGCAGUUAUCCGGUGACGAGUUUCUGGAAAAUGUUAAAUCUAAUUCUCUCUCAGUUGUGGAGUUUCAAAACGACAACUGCUCCGGAUGUAAAGAUUUUUCGAGUGUAUACAAGAACCUGGCCAGUGUGUUUGAAAAUUUGCUGCCCGUGUUUUCCGUGAACGACGACACACUGUCUACCAAGUACGGCGUGAUGUCUUUUCCAUCAGUUAAGCUCUUUUUCGGAAAAGGCCCCAAUUCUGAGCCCGAAGUCGUGGACUUCAAGGGCGACAAGGACAUUCAGUCGCUCGUGUCCUUCACUCUGAAGAAUCUGAACAAACACGUCAAGAACAAGGCGUCCAAGUUUAAAUCGAAUACCGACGAAGCUUUAAGGAAUGUAGUGAAUCUCACCGCGUCCAACUUCAAGUCCACCGUUUUGGACGACACUUACAGCCAGUGGCUCGUUAAAUUUUACGCACCCUGGUGCGGCCAUUGCAAGAACUUGGAGCCCGAGUGGAUGAAGCUGCCCAUGAUGAGCAGGGGCGUAAAGGUCGGCAGAGUCGACUGCACGGUAUACCAACAGCUGUGUGCACAGUUCAAAGUACAGGGCUAUCCCACCAUUUUACUCUUAAACAAGGGAGAGAAAUCACCCAAGACUGCCGUUAACUACCAGGGUCCCAGGAGGGCCAAGGACAUAUUGGAUUUCGCGAAAUCGAGGGACCGGAACCUCGUGCCGCCUGCCCACGCCGACUCCCUCUCCGUGCUCAAGGACAAGUGCAGCGGCCCUCUGUGCCUUCUCUUCUUCAUCCCUAAGGCCUCUAAGGAGGAGCACCUGGAGACUGUGGACAAGCUGUCGAGGCGCUCAACUACUCCCUUCAAUUACACCUACGCACUCGUUGGUGAGCACGAGCAGUGGGAACGCGCGUUCAGACUACGGGAAUUUCCGACUGUCGUUGGCCUGAACCUGGCCAAGGGCGUCUUCUUGUCAAUGAAUUCGACCUUUUCAAAGCUACUAUGCAUUGCAACACCGGCUAACACGCAUCGGCGGUCGACCCCUGCUUGUUGCAGCUGUCAGCUAGCCAUAUUAACCGUUUUCAGGAAAACUUCAACUCUUUCGUGGGUUCUAUUCUCUCUGGCAAGGUCGCCGGUCAGAAGCUUCCUUUCGACCUCGAAGACGGGCACAGGUCCGAGUUGUAAUAUUUCUAAAUGUAUAGCGCACACAUUACAUAACAUUAAAUCAUAG